GCCUAAAAUCGAGGGAAAACUCUCCACGAAACGUUGUGUGAACAUAUGCGCUAUAUGUAGAUUGAUCUCCCACGCUUCUUGAAGCAGCUUCUUCCCUCUCCCUUCCUCCCUCUCUUUUCUGCCUACCUGUCUGACAUCUCUGGAACGAUCCCACCCGUUCUCCCCGUCACCGUCGUCAACAUGGUCUUCAGCGUGAAGUCUGCCCUCGGCGUCGCCGUCCUGGCCUUGAGCCCCGUCGUCCUGGCCGCCGCCAUCCCCGAGCCGGGCUCCAUCUGGGUCCGACAGGACUUCGGCUCCUGCCGCAACCAGUCCUGCGCGGUGGCCACGGUCUCCGGCUCGACCGGCUCCAGCGUCUACGACUUCUCCAGCUACCCGGUCGGCGACACCCAGGACGGCAACUGCUGCAUCGUCCGCUACUUCCCGGCGGCCAAGGACGCCCUGUACAAGGCCCGCCCGGGUCUCCAGCAGUACUGCGCCUCGCACGGCGGCGACGCCCCGCUCGACAAGAACCCGCCGGGCAUCACCACCGUCACCGUCGUCAACCCCAAGUCGAAGCGCGCCACCUGCAAGGCCAACAUCCUGAUCUACUCCAAGGGCACGCUCGAGCCCGGCGACCUGGGCAUCACCCUCGGCCCGCAGAUCAAGGCCGGCCUCGACGCCAAGCUGUGGGAGGUCCGCGGCGUGCAGUACGACAACUCCUUCGCCAACGACUACUGCCUCGGCCUCCCCGGCGGCAUCAACGUCCGCCAGGCCCUGGCCAAGGCCGUCUCCGACUGCCCCAACGCGCGCAUCCACAUGUCCGGAUACUCCCAGGGUGCCCUCGUCACCCGCAACGCCCUCGCCCGCGCCGCCGCCUCCGACGUCGCCAAGGUCGCCAACGUCGUGACCUUCGGCGACCCGUUCGUCGGCGCCAAGAUCGGGCAGUACAGCGGGCCGAUCCACGUGUUCUGCGCGCAGGGCGACGGCGUGUGCAACGGCCAGCUCGACGUCGGCCUCGCCCACCUGUCCUACUUCGCCAACGUCAACGCCGGCGUCGCGCUGCUCAAGGCCGGCCAGGCCAACGCUUAAGCGGGAGGUGUUCAUUUCCUUUUCUGUUUUUCCUCCUUUGGGGGAAAGGAGGGAUGGUGGAUCUGGGAAAUGGGAAUGGGGGGAAGUUUCCGUCGGAGCGCAAAGAGAAAAGCAUACGUAGGCGGCGCUGCUGCUGUCGUACUUGCCUAUAUACCGUAAAAGGGAAAAUGUACGAGGAAACGGGAAUCCACCUCACCCGAAAAGUCGUCCCUAUCUUCCUCUCUCUGUGUGUAUGUCUCUUCGACCCGUGAAACGUGAAACCUGAACUGGGUCCCAAUGUGACGUCGACUCCUCCUCCUCCUCCUCCACCUCCUUCCCCUUCCUUCGACAGGCUCCGACAUGCAACGAUCUAUGAGAAAAGAAAGAAACCAGCCCAGCCCGCGCGAACAAUCCAACCUCCCAGAGUCCGCGGAACCGGAACGAAGCG